AUGGCUUCCCAAACCAACGCCGCCAUGGCCCUCUUCCUAGCCCUCAACCUUCUCUUCUUCUCCUUGGCUUCUGCCUGCAACAGCGGCUGCCCUACACCCAAACCAAAACCAAAGCCUAAGCCAACUCCCAGCGGCGGCAAGUGCCCGAUCGAUGCACUCAAGUUGGGAGUCUGCGCCGACGUGCUAGGCAAUCUGCUUAAGCUCAAGGUCGGCAACCCGCCGGUUCAACCUUGCUGCAGCUUGAUCAAUGGUCUCGUUGAUCUUGAAGCCGCCGUCUGCCUUUGCACCGCCAUUAAGGCCAACAUCCUGGGGAUCAAUCUCAAUAUUCCCCUCUCUCUCAGCUUGCUUCUCAAUGUCUGUAAGCAGAAGGUUCCAUCUGGCUUCCAGUGCCCUUAA